AUGUUGGAUAAAGUGAAGCACAUUAUUUUAGUACUAUCCGGUAAGGGUGGUGUAGGAAAAUCUACCGUCAGCACACAACUUGCCUUAGCUUUGGCGGAAGCAGAUCACAAGGUUGGCCUUCUCGAUAUAGACCUAUGUGGACCCUCUGUGCCCUACCUGUUGGGGCUUGAAGAUCAAGAUGUGCACCAGUGUGAUGAUGGCUGGGUGCCGGUGUACACCAGUGCCGAGAAAAAGCUGGCCGUCAUGUCCAUCGGUUUUUUGCUCAAGAACCGUUCCGAUGCCGUCAUCUGGCGGGGACCGAAAAAGACUGCCAUGAUAAAGCAAUUUCUGGAGGACGUGAAUUGGGACGAAUUGGAUUAUCUUAUCAUUGAUACACCACCGGGAACAUCCGACGAGCACAUCACCGUGAUGGAAUGUUUGAAAACAGUCAACACAGACGGUGCGAUUAUAGUGACUACACCGCAAGAGAUGGCCCUGGAAGACGUGCGCAAGGAGGUAACGUUCUGCAAGAAGACGGGCAUUCACAUUCUAGGGAUAGUCGAGAAUAUGAGCGGUUUCGUGUGUCCCAACUGUUCAGAAUGCACUAACAUAUUCUCGUCCGGUGGUGGACAUUCGUUGGCGGAAUUGGCAAAGGUACCACAUCUUGGCACGCUGCCAAUCGAUCCGCGUGUCGGUGAACUCGCUGGUACGGGUAAGUCGUGCGUAAAGGAGCUGCCCAACUGUACCACCACCGAGGUGCUGCAGAAGAUUGUUCGAACGAUAACGGUUGGAGCAGAAUAA